GACACUCAGUGAAAAUUAGAAAGUGCCUUAGAACGUAACUUUUGGAAUGCACAUACUUUGCAUACGACUGGUACAGAACAGUUGUUGCAGCAGUGAGCCCUAUCAUGUAAAAGUGACAAGUACUCUUUUCAUUUUGUUUAGGUGAUGACAUCUGGAUGCCUGAAGAGUACCUGUUGCUUGUUGAUGGCCAUGUUGUGGCAGCAGCAAAGACGUUCAAGCAAGCAUUCUGCAUGCUGUUUCCAGCUUACUUCUCUUACUUCUGCUUCCACAUUUGUUAUGCAGAGAAGGCGUCAUGCACACUUGAAUUCAUACAAAGGGCAUUUUUUGGUAUAAACCCAGACCGUGGAAGGAAGGGCAAAAAAUGAAAUGUGACGGUCAGCUAGAAAGUUCUUGCCUUGGUGCAGCGCAUUACUGAGUGUGAAUGGAACAUCUAGGUAAGUCUGCCCCAUAUACCUGCCUUCUCUGUUUUGUGCUAACUUUGAAAAUAUGUUAUAAGUGAUUCUACCUAUCAUAAAAUGCAAACCACUCUUUUAAAGAGCACUCACAUUCUAUGUAAGCACCUCUUUAUAGCAUUUGAAAGCCCACUGAGUCAUUCUUUUUACUUUGCCCCACAGCAUGAACUAGUUGACCACACGCAGGGAUACUUUUUCAUCUUCCAAGCAGCCCAGAACCUGCAAUGCGAACUACAGAAAUGGUUCCCUUUUACCAAGUCAUCUACACAAGAAAUUAUUUUAAAGCUGCGUAAAGUGCAAUAAAGUGUUUUGAAA